GGUGAUAGUUGGGAGGCACUGUUGGGUGGGAGAUGGCAGUUGGGAGUAACUGUUGGGUGGCUGGAUGGGGGCAGUUGUGAGGCACGGUUGGGUGGCUGGGUGGUGGCAGGUGUGUGGCUGAGACACAGGCGCUGACAGUUGGGAGGCACCGUCCAGCCGCUGGCUAACAGGCAGGGCAGCAGAUUCAGUUCGAGGCUGGCUAUGUGCUCUGAGGUAUUUCUGAGGGGAGUGGAGGAGGAGGGAUCCGGUGGUCAGGUACGGUGAUGGGACUGGAGGCGCAGGGGCUAAGCACAUGGAGGCGGCGUCAUGGCCACCAGCAAUGUGUCCCCAUCACAUGGCACACGGGGGAUGAGGGGCUUUGGGUGGCGAGUGUGGUCUGACGUGAGAAUUCGGGGAGGGAUCCGCCUGCGCAUGGGGAGUCAUGGUGACAUAGGCUUGUGGGUGGCUGUGUGUAGGUGGGGACACAACUUUCCUACUGAGGUACUAUGUGAGGGGACAACAACCCCCUCCCCACCCCAACUGGCAGUUGGGCAGAGCCUUUUGGGCGGGAAAAGGCUUCCCACCCACUCUCCCUCUUCUCCUUGCCCCGCCGUCCCUCGCUUGGGACUUAGCCCCUCUCCUAUACUGUAGCCUGGCCCCGCCCCGCCCCUUAUUUUCCCGCCCUCAUCGCCCCGCCCCUUAGACCGCCCCGCCAAUCACCGGGCCCCACCCCCCAAGACGCUCUUCUCCACAAAAGCCCCGCCGCUACUUCCACGCUUCCCUAUUCACACACGCCGGCAGCGCGCGCCUCAGCUCAAGGCGCUCGCGCGCGGUCUCUAGGCUCCUCCACGCGCCCGCCCGCGCACCGGGAACCCGACGCUCCCGGGGGGCCAUGGCCGCGUGCAGGGACCGCGUGCGCCUCCGAGAUGCCGGGGAGAAGGGCGCCUCCAACGGGGAGGUCGGCCCGCAGGACGCCGGCAACGGGGCCCUCCUCCCCGCGCCGGGCUCCCCCUCCAAGGCCGCCCGCGUGCGGGGCUGCCUGCGCGCCAACCUGCUGGUGCUGCUGACCGUGGCCGGGGUGCUGGCCGGGGUGGCGGUGGGGCUCGGCGUGCGGCAGGUGCCGGGCGGGCUGAGCCGCGCCGGGGUCCUCGCCUUCUCCUUCCCCGGCGAGCUGCUGCUGCGCCUGCUGAAGAUGAUCAUCCUGCCGCUGGUGGUCUGCAGCCUGGUCUCCGGCGCCGCCAGCCUGGACCCCGCCGCCCUGGGCCGCCUGGGGGGCUGGGCCAUGCUCUUCUUCCUGCUCACCACGCUGCUGGCCUCGGCCAUCGGGGUCAGCCUGGCCUUCAUCAUCCGGCCCGGGGAGGGGGCCGCGGCGCCCAGCCUAGGGGGCGAGGGGGGCGGAGCCGUGCCCGAGGCCAAGGAGGUGGCGGACUCCUUCCUGGAUCUCAUCAGAAACAUCUUCCCUUCCAACCUGGUGUCGGCGACAUUCCGCUCGUAUGCUACCCACUACAAGCUGGUGGUGACCAGGAAGAACAUCACCGAUGAGCUGGGAGUUUUCAAUGAAACUGUCACAGAGGAGAAGGUUCCCCUGGGAGAUGAGGUGGAAGGGAUGAACAUCCUGGGUUUGGUGGUUUUUGCCAUCGUCUUUGGGAUCGCUCUGCGGAAGCUUGGGCCCGAGGGGGAGAACCUGAUAAAGUUCUUCAACUCCUUCAAUGAGGCCACCAUGGUGCUGGUCGCCUGGAUCAUGUGGUACGCUCCCCUUGGUAUCAUGUUCCUGGUGGCUGGCAAGAUUGUGGAGAUGGAGGAUGUGGUGGUUCUCUUCACCAGCCUGGGCAAGUACAUCUUCUGCUGUAUCUUAGGGCACUUCAUCCACGGCUUCAUCCUCCUCCCAGUUAUCUACUUCAUCUUCACACGCAAGAACCCCUACAGGUUCCUCUGGGGCAUCUUCACAGCACUGGCCACUGCCUUCGGCACCUCCUCCAGCUCUGCCACGCUGCCGCUGAUGAUGAAGUGCGUUGAGGAGAACAACGGCGUCUCCAAGCACAUCAGCCGCUUCAUCCUGCCCAUCGGGGCCACGGUCAACAUGGACGGGGCUGCCCUCUUCCAAUGCGUGGCGGCCGUCUUCAUCGCCCAGCUGAACAACAUCCCGCUCAACUUCAUCCAGGUCAUCACCAUCCUUGUCACAGCUACAGCCUCCAGCGUAGGGGCAGCGGGGAUCCCUGCUGGUGGCGUCCUCACCCUCGCCAUCAUCCUGGAAGCCAUCGGGCUGCCAACCAACGACAUCUCCCUCAUUCUGGCUGUGGACUGGCUUGUGGACCGCACCUGCACCGUCCUCAACGUGGAAGGAGACGCCUUUGGAGCCGGCCUCCUGCAGGUGUACACAGAGAGGACAAUGGGGAAGGCUGAAGCUGAGGAGCUGGUGGAGAUCAAGACUGAGUCCCUGGGCCCCAGCAAGGUUCCAGGCGAGGAGGAAGGCUCCCCACUGAUCAAGAGAGACGGGCCCAUCCUGCUGGCUGCCGUUGGCUCCUGCGAGAAGGAGUCUGUGAUGUAAUCAGCGCCCGGAGCGUGGUCCUGGUCGGAGACUUUUCCUUUUGUAGGGUUCCUUUUUAAAGAUGUCAAUCAGGGCAGAAACGGCCACUUCUGGUUUUCUUAAGCCGUGAACCUCCUGGGCAGAGGCAGUCUCGGUGAGGGGGCUGAUUAGCUCGAGACAAUCCUGACAGCUCUCUAGAGUGACCCCCUGACACCCACCAAUCUGACUUGAGUUCAGGGAGCCGGAAUCUAGGCUGGGCUUCCAGCCUCACCUCUUAUUCCUUUUCUGUGUCGAUCCCAUUCUCCUUACACGGGGGCUGCAGCCUGUACUGGCUCAGGGGCCUCUUCAAUCACUCCUUGCCUCUGACCACCUGCUGGCUGCCCUCCACCCUUGCCCCCUUCCUGUUAAUUUUCUGGACCAAGCAAGCACCUGAACUGGCCUCCCUGCGCUUUAAACGUGCUGAAGCAUCCGGCGUUUCUUGAAUGACAGGUAACGCCACUUUCCGUUGUGCACUCGGCUGCUCGAGUGGAGGCCGGCUGGCUCGCGGGCCCCUCCUGACCUCUGACCUCUCCUUGCCUGAAAGACUUGAUACUCUAGCUCAGCCAGAGCUCCGGCUGGGGGUUCCUGCAAGAGGUCCCCCCGCAUUCUUUCCAUGUGGCUACAACUCGGUUGUGAAACAGCUUGUGCCUUUGUCUGUGUGGCUGUGGUCCAGUCCUGUCUGUCACGCCGGUCCCGGAGGAGCCAGCGCUGACGUUGGUGUGGAAUCGUGUGUCUGUGUCCCACGGUCUCUUGGUGUCCUGGUUGCUCCAGCCAGGCUGACGUAAUUUAUUUUGCUAUUUAAACGAUACGAGUGAGUUGGUCUCUCCAGAAUAGAGGGGAGGGAGCCCUUAGACAGCACCAAUGGACUGGAGCCUGCACCUGGCAUCUGCCAUGAAAAGGGGAUGGGACAGAUCCUGGACGGAUGGGUAACCCUGUAUAUCAACACUCCAGCUAGGCAUUGCCUUAAUUAUUUGACUCCAAGCCCUGGUUCUUGGGCUGGACACUCCAGCCCAGGGUUACAGCUCGGUGCUGAUGUGUCAACCCUCUGGCGCUUCAGCGUAACCUCUGACAGGCUGCGGUUCCUCUGGCCCCAUUCACUCCUUAGCCUCGUAGACCCAAAUCCUGCAGGGCUGUUCCCAUGCCAGCUGGACCCUGCUGCACUCGCCUGUGCCACGAUCAGCCAUGUGAGGCUCUGAUCUGGGGCUGUUCUCGGGGGGAGCGGAGGGAAUGGCUUGUUCUGUUCUGGCCCCCAGCAAGCCGUUCUGGGGGCUGUCAGGCCCUGGUAGGGGCUAAGCUAUUGACCUUGGCCAUGGCCUCAGUCGGGUGGGUUGGUCCGUUUGAAUCUCUGUCGUAUCUGCCCCAGAGAGGCUUUGUGGUGAGGAAUCAUGGGGGCAGGGGGCUCCUGGCUUCAAGGUCCGAUCUUGUUUUAAACAGACGGGGGGGCAGGCUGGGAGAAGAUACCAGGCCCCUCGGUAGAUCUGACCGGGGAGGGUGUUUGCAAUACUGGCCGGCUCAGGGCCAGGCCAGAUCUUGGAUGUGAUUGCUCUCUCUGCUGGCUCCAAGUGCUGUUACUGACCUAGUGUCUCUGGCUGAUUCCCCCCUGGGACAGGGGCUGGGCAUUUCCGUUACUCAGACUGGCUCUUCAACCCUGGUUUUCCUUGGGUUUUUGGAGGCCCUUCGUUUGCCCUCUAAGGAUCCCUCAGCUCAGGGCUGAGCCUGGGGCUCACUGGGGGGUGCUGGGAGAACCAAGACAUUCCUGGGAGAUGCCAGGGCUGCCUGCUGUGCCCUGUCUGCCCGCAGGCUGCGGCUCUCUGCUAAACCUAGGCUGGUGCUGCUGAGCUGCGACAGCCUCGUCCUCUGGGCUGCCUCCCUUCUCUGAAGAAGCAGCAAAGAAUCCUGUGGCACCUUAUAGACUAACAGACGUUUUGCAGCAUGAGCUUUCGUGGGUGAAUUUCCACUCUUGCAUCCGACGA